CGACAUUGAUACCUAAUCUAUCAAAAUCGAAGCAGACGUAGGUCUUUGAAAAGUGAAUUCCACGUCAAAUUUGCCCAGUUUUGGGGUAGGUAUAGGUAGUUCUAUUUCCAUUUUUUGUUGAUAAUACUUGUAAAAACCAAUUAUUUUCUUCAUCAUGGGAUUGAUCUUAAAAUUUGUUUCACAUCGGGAGUUCAUAGGAACUAAGAAUUGGACAAUAUGGUACACUGUUUGCCAAAACCAUAUAAGUGAAUUUCUCUUCCUAUCUAAAAUCAUCAGCAAAAUAACAAUCUAGUUAGUAGUAUUACUCACAUACAGCUAAUAAGUUACAUUUUUUCAUCAUAUUAAAGACUUCAAUCAGGUGAUAAUCAAUCGUUUUCUCUUUUCCAAGAACAAUCUUCAAAUUUGUUCCACGUUGGAGUUUGUACAGAUUGAGAUAAAUUGGGCACCACAUCAUCCCAUACCCAUAAUAUCUAAUGCUUUCCAAAGCAACUCCAGCAACUUCUUCCUAUCAAAAACACAAGAAAAAAAAUAAACUAAUACCGAGUAAAUCAGGAUUCCGAGUUCAUUAUCAUAUCACAUCGAAUAUAUCUACAUCCAUUUGCUUAUCAAAACGAUUGAAACGUAAAACUAUGAUAAAAUUUCGAGUCGUUUGAAACGCUAGUUCAUUGGGCACUUCCGCGUACCCAUCUCAAAGUUGCAAAUUUUCUACAACCAUUUUGUAAAACUGUUUUUUUUGAAAUGAUAAUCUCCAAUGGAAUCACAUUUCAAGGCAUUAUUUUUUUAUACAUCAUUUUAAUAUCGAUGGUACAAAUUCACUGUUACAAUCAAUCCAGCAUCGACGACGUCAAAAACCUCAUAUCGAAUGCUAAACACAUCCUCGUUCUUACUGGACCAGCCAUCAUACCAGAGUUAAAAUAUCCCAACUACAGAGAUGACAGUUACAUGUGGAGGGACACGAUAUCUUCAGAUUUGGCUACUUCCGAUGCCUUCGAACGUACACCGGACAAAGUAUGGGAAUUCUACAGCUACCUCAGAUCGUUAGCAUUACCAUUUGAAUCAAAUCAGGUUCAUCAUACUUUGGCAGCUUUACAACAACGUUUCAGGGAGGAAAGUCGACAGCUAACUGUGGUCACCCAAUGCGAAGACGAUCUGCAUAGACAAGCUGGUAUCCAGAAUGUGAUCGAUUUGAACGGGUGUAUUUUUAGAACGAAAUGCAUACGCUGCGGUGAGAAAGAGUAUAACAGAGAUGAUCCCAUUUGCGAGGCAUUGAAAGGAUACCAGAACGCUGGAUUACCUCACGUCAUAUCUAGAGAAGAUCUGCCACACUGUAAACGACGCGGAUGUCAUUCUUUACUAGGCCCAGAUAUGGUUUGGUAUCAUUCUUCGUUGGAUAAAAUAACUUACAAGAAUCUCGUGCGUGUGGUCAACGAAGCAGACCUGUUUAUAGUAAUUGGGAGCCCAACUGACAGAGGUUAUGCCAGGGCUUAUCAGCCGCAAUUCGAAGAUGAAGACAUUCCUUGCAUCGAAUUCAAUCCUGUCGAGUCAGAAAGAUCGUUUACAUACACGUACAGCUUUAUAGGACCACUGAACGAAACCGUGCCAAAAUUCUUACAGCAUGCUGCGCCAACAACCACCACUCCUAUGGAAAACAUAGACGAUAUGAUUAUCAAUUAUAAAGACGAUAAGGAUGAUUAUAAACAUGACGAACCUGAGUGGCUCGAUGACAUGGAAACCAACAUUUCGACUGAAUGAUUGCGGAUCACAACCAGUAUCAUUGUUCAAAAAUGGUAAAAACAAGUCAGCGAUGCGAAAUCCAAGUCCAAAGAUAACAUCCCAGCCGUCGAAUCCAAUUCCAAAAUCACUUCAGUGGAUUAGUAUAUUUAUUAUCAAUAAAUACGUCUUCACACCCUAAUAGUUUAUAUGUACGCAAGUUGAUAAGGUGCACCGGGGGAAGUUGGAUGAAAACUUGCUCUAGUGCCUAGAGGUUAAUAUCUGGCGAAGUGCCAAUAAAGGUGACUUGAGGGUACUACCCCUACUUCAUCACGGCAUAAAAAUUUUCGCGAUUCAGUUUCAUUUUAGAUGUCUUUGGUUCAAUUGUAUUUUGUUGUUGUUUUGAACUUGUUUUGAAUUUGUUCUAAAAUAAUACAGACUUUCUGUUUCUUA